AUGACAAUUAAGGGUAGACAACUUUUUGUUGGAAACGAUUUAUUUAGAUCCGCAGGUAAUGUACAACGGGCGAAUAUCAUUCAAGGCCGCGAUGGUCGGUCAAAAGGACACGGUAUUGUGUUAUAUGCGACUGUGACUGACGCGCAAAAAGCCAUAUCAACGUUUGACGGAUACGAAUGGCAUGGACGAAGAUUAGAAGUUCGAGAAGAUCGUAGUGCAAUGGAUUUUCCACCGCCCCCACCACGAACAGAGAGUGCAAAUGUCAAUAGUCAAUCUGAGACGAUUAAUAAUGAGACCGAACAUGAUAUAUGUGCUACAAAUGGCAUAUCAACACCAGCCACAUUAAACGAAAUUAAUGGUACCACAUCAACGCAUACAACAUCUUCUCCAGUUAGUUAUUCGACUAAUGAAAUGAAUGGCAUAAAUAUUAAUGGGGUGACAUAUGUUGAUGAACCGGCUACAAAUAAUUUAAUUAUGGGAAAUGGAAUAAUUUCACAACAACAGCUAUUUGUUGGAAAUUUGCCAUUCCGUAUACGAUGGCAAGAUUUAAAAGAUCUAUUUCGGAAAGCUGGAACAGUGUUACGAGCUGAUGUCGCAAUGGGUUAUGAUAACAGACCAAAAGGACAUGGAACAGUCUUAUUUGGAACCAUGUUUAAUCAUUAUAACUGGCAAGGUCGUAGCCUCGAACCUGCGAGAGGAAUUCAAAUUCCGCAACAUAAUCAUGCUGGAAGAUUGCUUUUUGUUGGAAAUCUUCCUUUUAAUUGUCAAUGGCAAGAUUUGAAAGAUCUUUUUAGGAAUGCCGGAAACAUCAUUCGAGCUGAUGUUUUAACGACUUAUGAUGGACGAAGUCGAGGUUUCGGUACAGUGUUAUUUGCUACCCCGGAAGAUGCUAGAAAUGCAGUUGGAAUGUAUAAUGGUUAUGAAUUUCAGGGAAGAAUAUUACGCGUUCAUUUUGACAGAUUUUCGUUACCUACUUUGCCACCACAUCACCAACAUAAUCCACCACAUCCCGUUCAUUUAGCUCCCCCGCACGUUCAUCCUCAUCGUCCUCCACACCCAUUAAUACCUCACAAUUUCCACCUUGGACCACCAAUUCCACAUCCUCAUUUCAUAUCUCCUGCACAUAUGGGACCUUUUUCACCAUCUUUAGCAACUCCUCCUUUAACUAGUCCUCCAUUUUCUAACACAUAUAAUACUUUGGCACAUCAUAAUAAUCAACAUAAUUCAAACCCUAAUGGAUCUACAGCUUUCCAACCAUUGUCAAUAAUUCCAACUACUACUGUAUCUAUGGAACAAUCAAAUCUAUCACAAGAUCAAAUUACACAAUUUUCUGGAUUUGGUCCAAUUGGAAAAGUCAAUCAUUCACCUCAAUCAAAUACUACAUCAUCUUCAAUUUCGAAUUUAGGAGCUGUAGGAUAUUCUUCUUCUUCAAAUACUACAAAUGGUAUCGUUGGAAUAAAUGUUCACACUAAUGGAAUAUCGUCUAUUUCAACCAAUGGAUCGUCAAAUGUAGUUCAUUCAAGAUCAUCAACUACCAAAGAUGUAAAUUCUAAUUCACCGAGUAUUAAUGGAACUUCUUCAUCUACUUCAUCAAUUGUUGUCCCAUCACCUGGUUUAUGGGAUAAUGGUGCAUCAACAGUAUUAUCAUCAACCGCCACCACAUCAACAGGUGUAAAUUCAUCGAAUGGAGUCAUGAAUAUAGGAAUGGCUACUAUAACUGGAAUGAGUAAUGGUCUUGACGGUUCUAAUAUCGUUCCAACGAUGGUAAUACCAACUGUACCUGCGCAAUCUGUUGGGUUUGGUUUUGGCGUGGAUGUUAAUAUGUAUACUCGUAUUUCUAGUGGUAAUCAGGGUCUCAAGUUAGAAGAAAAAGUAAGGUUAUGGAGGCACGACGCUUAUUUGAGAAAUUUAUAUGAAACUGCUGCAUUUUGGGGGAAUAAAGUGAUGACAAUGACUGGUGAUCCAAAUGACAUGUAUUGGUUAGCUAUAAUAUAUUUUAAUAUGGGACAAUAUGUUAGAGCACAGAAAUUAAUAAGGAAUUUUAUUGAAUCGAGUAAAGUCUGUCGAUAUUUAGCCGCAAAGUGUUGCAUAAAAAUGGAAAAAUAUCAAGAAGCGAUAGAAAUUCUCGGAGAAGAAAACCCAAUUUCUAAAAAAGAAUCUAUUUCGACCGCCAAAAGUACGGAAUGUAGUAUUCAAGUUGAAGCAUCACUAUGUUAUCUUCGGGGGUUUGCUUAUUCUCAAUUGAAUAACUUGGAAAAUGCAAAAAAGUGUUUUAAGGAAACUUUAGAAUUAGAUGUGAAAUGUUACGAGGCAUUUCAUGAAUUAGUAAAUAAUCACCUGAUGACGAGUAAAGAAGAAUGGGAAUUUAUUAAUUCAUUAAAAUUUGAAGAACAACUGGAAAGUGAUGAAGCUGAAUUUAUUAAAAUGAAUUAUAUUUCAAUGCUCAAAAAGCAUGAUCAUUUAUCUGAGAUUCGAGAGACGAGAUUGGAAUUGGAAGAGAAAUUUAAAUUAAAAAGAGAUUGUGAUUUAUUAAUGAGUCAUGCGGAUGAAUUGUAUGCCCAAUGUCGAUUUAAAGAAUGUUACGAGAUCACGAAAAAGAUACUUGAACAAGACAUGCACAAUCAUGCUUGCCUUCCAAUUCAUAUAGUUUGUCUUCAUGAAUUACGCGAAAAAAAUAAAUUAUUUUUAUUAGCUCAUGAACUAGUUGAAAAUUUACCAGAUAAAGCAGUUACGUGGUUUAGUAUUGGUUGUUAUAACUAUUUGAUUGGUCGAAAUGAUGAGUCUAGGAGCAAGGCUUCUACUAUGGAUUCCCAUUACGGACCUGCAUGGAUUGGAUUUGGUCAUACAUUUGCAUCAGAAUCUGAACAUGAUCAAGCUAUUACUGCUUAUUCUACUGCAGCAAAAUUAUAUCCUGGAUCACAUCUUCCAACCCUUUUCAUCGGCAUGCAACAUCUUCAAGCUAAUAAUCUUUUAUUAUCUGAAGAGUAUUUGCUAACAAGCUACAAUAUAUGUGAAAGGGAUCCAUUGGUAUUGAAUGAAUUAGGCGUGUUGUUCUUUCAAAAAUUAAAAUUUCCUGAAUCGGUUGAUUUUUUUAAGAAAGCAUUAGCACUUGCCGAGGAAACGAAAUGUCGGCCACAAAUUUGGGAGACCACAUGGAUGAAUCUUGGUCAUGCAUUCAGGCUAUUAGGUGAUUUAGAUGUCGCCGAAACUUAUUUUAAAAAGGUAAUAUCAAUGUCCCCACCAAAUCCAAGUGCUUUAUCCUCUCUUGGAUAUAUUUAUCACGCACUUGGAAUUCGUCCAUACGAUUCUAUAACACAAGAUUUAUUAGGAGUAUGUCUUAGAGAAAUGAUUCGUGCAAAAUCCGAAUGA